AUGUCAGGAAAGAAUAGAUUGAAUAUCUUUCCAACUAGAAUGGCAUUGACUAAUAUGAAGUCAAAAUUAAAAGGUGCCAUUACAGGACAUUCACUCUUGAAAAAGAAGAGUGAUGCCUUGACCAUCCGUUUCAGAAAGAUUCUAGCUAACAUUGUAGAGAAUAAACAAAUGAUGGGUGCUACUAUGAGAGAAGCAUCGUUCUCACUUGCAGCUGCCAAGUAUGCCGCCGGUGAAUUCAGUAAUUCCGUUAUAGAAAAUGUUACCAAUCCAACCAUCGUUGUAAAGAUGCAAACUGAAAAUGUUGCUGGUGUCCAUUUGCCAACUUUUGAAAAGGUCUCUGAAAGUGCCGUCAGUAAUUCUCAAGAGUUGACAGGUCUGUCAAAGGGUGGUCAACAAAUUGGAAAAUCAAGAGAAUCACAUGUUAAAGCUUUGGAAGCAUUGAUUGUGUUGGCGUCGUUGCAAACCGCUUUCAUUACAUUGGACGAGGUUAUCAAGAUCACCAACAGACGUGUCAAUGCCAUUGAGUUUGUAGUGAAGCCACGUCUUGAAAAUACAAUCAAUUAUAUUAUUACAGAGUUGGACGAGUCUGAAAGAGAGGAGUUUUAUCGUUUGAAGAAGGUGCAAGGUAAGAAGAAGAAGGAUCUCAAGGCCAAGGAAGCUGCCAAGAGCGAACUACUAUUACAACAAAAUACACCAACCGUUGCCACUCCAACCUCCAAGCCAGCCCACAAAGUCAAGAGUAUGAUUGAAGACGAGCAAGAGGAAGAAUUGAUCUACGAAUAA